AUGGCUUCAUCUGAUUUUGACAUUACGGGAAUAAUCCUAGCACGAGUGGUUGAGAGCUAUGUUUCUCCCUCAUCAACGCUCUCAGAAACGCCAGCAACGCCCACAGCAACGUCCACAGCAACGCCAGCAGCAACCACAGAAACACCAGCAGCGGCCACAACAACACCAGUAACGACAGAGGUACCAACAGUGGCAGCGACGACAUCAACAACAUCUCCGACUAUCAUCAACACUUUCACGGUAGGAAGUGCUAUGGCCAGCGCAAGUGCAGCGGCAAGCGCAAGUGCAAGUGCUAUCAGUGAUGCUGUCCACAAUACCUCCAACAAGGGUUUCAGCACGGGGGCCCUGGCCGGAGGGAUUGUGGGAGCGUUUGUAGGAGGCUGCUUGAUCGCUUUUGUGAUCGCUUCUCUUCUCUUUCGCAAGAGAAAACCAGGAAACUCAGCUGGUGCAGGCUCCUACGGUUCUGCUUCGGCAGCGGAAGGAGGAAAACCGGUCGUGUCAUACGCAACUAAAAAUGGCACUGUGGCUUCUGAAUCUUUUGGACCUGCGACUGUGACUGCGGCUUUUGUACCUGAAUCUGCAGAUGAUGGUACGGUUUCCAACAAAAUUGAAUCGUUGUUUGAUCAGAUCAGUCUCCACAUCGACAACUACUACGUCCGCCUCGCUUCCAACCCAUUGCUCACAACUGAGGAGAAGGAGUCUUUAAGUCGCUACAAUUCACCUUUUGUCCCUGAAUCCCUGGCUUCUCUGCUCUCGGUCGGAAAACCUCAAAGAGCUGCAUUAACUCAUGCGCUCGCCUACGCUUUGCUGGAGGCUAUUCGUCCUGCAAGCGACGCUGGCUCUUUGCUUCCAGCAUGCUUUAGAUGGGGCCCUCUUCAGGAUAGUCUUGGCCAUCCCAACACCGCUCAAGACGCUGCUGCCUUCAACUGGCGCAUGUUGACAUCGCAACUGAACGCCUCUGCCGCCUCAGCUAGGGACGAUCAAUAUAUCAACGCUUUUGUCGCAGAAUUUACGACCACAUUUGCCACCUACAGAAAUGGAGACUUCCCUCAAUCCGAGCAAGUGGCUCAUUUGACUAGCGUGGUUAAGGCAGCUUUCGAACUUGGAGUUUGGCUCUUUGCCCAGCCAUGCACAUUCAAAUUCGAUUGGCAGUCAGGCAGUACUGGUGAAAGCCAGCUCGUCAUCUUCCCCUCUGUGCUCAAGGUUUGCGACGAACGCGGACGACGACUUAAUACUCCCCAGAUGGUUGUCGCAGUCAGGGCAACCAGAAUUUAA